AUGUUUCCCAAACGUGGUUAUCUUCCGGCUCACCAUUACGAGCCCAAGGAUGGCCUCAACGCGGUCGAAGUAAAGGACCAUCUGAGAGGCGAUAUCAAACAAGCUAUUUCCGCUUCUUCACUCCAAGACGAGAGCACUUGCGUUGUCACAAAGUCUGCCGACCCCAGGGUUUAUCUGGUCCUUCCUUUUCCUACUUCGCAAACUGCUGCUUCGUUGGAGUAUAUCUUGCAUAAAGAUUCGGGAGACAUUUUUGGCUUUGAGAUUCGCAAGUAUCUCGCUGUUUUACAGUCGCUGGCUACCGUCUUCUCUUUGGCGAACAUGAUCUCCCUCAACGAGAUACUCUCGAAAUGGUGGGCGAAGGCGUGGAUUGCCCUCGAGCCUAUCCCACAAACCGACUGCUCCAUCCGGCUCCGGCUUAGAUGGCUCCGAAAAGCCAUGUUUGAUCAGGAAAGGGAUCAUAGAGUUGGCAGGCUCGAAUCUGUCUGGGGGUCCUACGCCAAAGUGGUGUGCAUCGACAUGGACCCCCGCAUGGUCUCUCAGGAGAGACUCACUCAGUCUGGAAAGUCUCUUCGCAUGGUCCACUUUGAAACACGUGAGUACGUCGAGGACGGCUACGAGUUCGACAUUACUGCGGCCAGGAAGGAAGAUCUCCCAGACUUUGGACUGCUCAAGGUUCGGUACAUCCUUUCGAUAGCUAUGUCACUGACGGGCGAGGGGUUAGCCGAGGACGAUCAGCAGUGA